AUGAAGCUGCAGGGGUCCCUGGCCUGCCUCCUGCUGGCCCUGUGCCUGGGCAGUGGCGAGGCUGGCCCACUGCUGAAUGGAGGGGAGAGCACCGGAGCUAGUGCUGCCGAGGCCAUCGGACAGCGGCUGGGGGAUGCUGUCAGCCACGGAGUCGGGGAGGCCGUGGGCCGAGGGGCUGGAGAGGCAGCCGGCUCUGGAACCAGGGAGGUCCUUGGCCAAGGGGGUGGAGAGGCAGCCGGCUCUGGAAUCAGGGAGGCAGGGGACGCUUUCAACUACAGGCUGGGGGAAGCCGUCCAUGACCUUGGAAACCCUGUGGGUGAGGCUGGCAGACAGGCUGAGACCAUCGUCCGCCAAGGAAUAGACGCUGUGCGCAGCUCCGGUUCUUGGGGUUCAUCGGGGGGCCAUGGCGUCCUGGACUCUCAGGGGAGCAAUCCUGGAGGUCCAGGGACCCCCUGGGGCCAGCGCUACCCGGGAGCCUCGGAAGGCAGCUUUGGAACCUACUCUCCUGGAGGCUCCUCGGGCCAAGGAGGUAACGGCGCACCGUUCGGCUCUGGGACGGAUGCUCAGGGAGCAGUGGCCCAGCCUGGUUACGGUUCAGUGAGAGGCAGCAACCCCAACACAGGGUGCACCAACGCCCCGCCCUCCGGCUCGGGUGGAAGCUCCAGCAACCCUGGGGGCAGCAGCGGCCACGGCGGCGGCAGUGGUGGCAGUGGCAGCAGCGGCCACGGCGGCGGCAGUGGUGGCAGUGGCAGCAGCAGCCAUGGCGGCGGUAGCGGCGGCAGUGGUGGCGGCAGCAGCCAUGGCGGCGGUAGCGGCGGCAGUGGUGGCGGCAGCAGCCAUGGCGGCGGCAGCAGUGGCAGUAGCAGCCAUGGCGGCGGCAGCGGCGGCAGUGGCAGCAGCGGCGGCAGCGGAGGUGGACACAGACCCGAGUGUGACAACCCUGGGAACGACGCCCGAGUGAGCGGAGGAUCUGGGGGCCAGGAAAGCAGAGAGAGCAGUCACCUCCUUGGGGGCGUCCAGAGCAGCCAUCAGGGGCAAGGCUCUGAUGGAGACAGCAGCGACAAAGGUGACGUUGUCAAUGGACUCAGUGGCGUGAACUCGCAGACAACGCCUGAGCUCUUCAACUUUGACACGUUCUGGAAGAAUUUUAAAUCCAAGCUGGGCUUCAUCAACUGGGAUGCCAUAAACAAGGGCCAAGUCCCGGGCCCCAGCACCCGAGCCCUCCUCUACUUCCGACGACUCUGGGAGGAUUUCAAACACAACACCCCUUUCCUCAACUGGAAAGAAAUUAUAGAGGGUGCAGAUGCCUCAUCACUGCAGAAGCGAGCAGGCGGUGCUGACCAGAACUACAGUUACAACCAGCAGGCACAUCCUACCGCCUCCGGCAUACAGUACACAGUCAAGACUCCUGGGAAGGGAGGAGUCACGCCUUCUUCCUCAGCCUCCCGGGUGCAACCUGGCCUGCUGCAGUGGGUGAAGUUUUGGUAG